UCGGCUCUUCCUGCUGUCUUACUUCUCCUUUAAGUACCGAACAUCCCCCUCGUGGUGACGUCACCAGCAGACCUGCUGGGUGUCUGCUCAGUAGAAACUGAAGUGGUUUGCUAACCGUAUCGGACUUUUCCCCCCUCUUUUGUUUGUCUUUUGAAAAGCGUUUCGUGGUCUUUGAUAACUUUAUCGGGAAGGUUUCCUUUGACCUGCGAUGAAAACAGGUGCCGUGGCGUACUUAGAGGAUGUUUCGGAAAAGUUCCAGGAGCUUUCUUUGAGGAACCGGUAAAAGGCAGAAACAACCGGAGAUGUAUAAGCUAACUCCCUAGCUUCGCCGCUAGCCAAGAAUCCGAUCAAUAGCUCAUAGGGCAGGAUCGAAGAAUGCUAGCAUGCUAACUGUGAGCUAGUUUAGCUUCUGUCGGCCAACCAAGUGACUUUUUCCAACCUGUAACGUCACAACUACUGUCAACUAGCCUCCGGGCCUGGCUCCGUUCUGCUCAAAGGCCAGCUAACCAAGAAGGAAGAGUUAUUUUAUCUUUAAGGGAAAGGGCAGAGCGGCGGUGUUGACGUCCGUUCAUCUUUCCACUGUAAACAUGAACCAACCACUGUUUCCAAACCCAGCGGGUCAGCAGAACCCGGGAGAGCAGCAGAAUCCCACGGGUCAGUUCGUCUCCUUCCACUCGAAACCUACCCUACAAAUCAAGAAGAACGCCAUCACAGACGAGUACAAGGUGACCAAUCAGGUGUUGGGGCUGGGCAUCAAUGGAAAAGUGCUGGAAAUCUUCCACAAGAAGACCGGCGACAAGUUUGCGCUGAAGAUGCUUCAGGACUGUCCCAAGGCACGCAGGGAAGCGGAGCUUCACUGGAGGGCAUCGCCUUGUGCUAGUAUUGUGCGCAUCAUUGAUGUCUUUGAAAACCUUUAUCAGGGAAGGAAAUGUCUGCUGAUCGUUAUGGAAUGUAUGGAUGGUGGCGAGCUUUUCAGUCGAAUUCAGGACAGAGGAGACCAGGCCUUCACAGAGAAAGAGGCAUCCAACAUCAUGAAGCGAAUAGGUGAAGCCAUCCAGUUCUUACACUCCAUCAACAUUGCUCACAGAGACGUCAAGCCUGAGAAUUUACUCUAUUCUUCAAAGAGGCCCAAUGCGCUUCUCAAACUCACAGACUUUGGCUUUGCCAAGGAGACCACCACGCACAACUCUUUGAAUACUCCCUGCUACACACCCUACUAUGCUGCUCCAGAAGUCCUGGGCCCAGAGAAGUACGACAAGUCAUGUGACAUGUGGUCGUUGGGUGUCAUCAUGUAUAUCCUGCUGUGUGGGUACCCUCCAUUCUAUUCGAACCACGGUUUAGCCAUCUCCCCUGGGAUGAAGAGGAGGAUCAGGAUGGGCCAGUAUGAAUUCCCAAACCCGGAAUGGUCCGACGUAUCAGAAGAAGCUAAACAACUGAUCAGCACCCUCCUAAAGACCGAGCCAACCCAAAGGAUGACCAUCACCGAGUUUAUGAAUCAUCCUUGGAUUAAUUCGAUGGAGGUUCCGCAGACCCCUCUUCACACCAGCAGGGUUUUGAUGGAGGAGAAGGAUGCAUGGGAGGAAGUCAAGGAGGAAAUGACCAGUGCCUUGGCAACAAUGAGGGUCGACUACGAGCAAAUCAAAAUCAAGACCAUUGCGGACUCAACCAAUCCACUGCUGUCCAAAAGGAGGAAGAAGGCCAGCAGCGGCUUACCAAACCCAGUUUCUGCAGAUCACUGAAGCAUGCAUGCACAUGCAAACACAUGUUGUGGAAAGGAAGCAAUAAUUUGUCGGCACGAGUCGUCCUGCAUGGGUUUUUCUCAGUGUUUUGAUUUUUCCUUAGCAAAUUCUAAUGUUUUGUAAGAGUGUUUGAUUUUGUUACUCUACCAUUUUAACAAACUCCUCAUUCUGCUUCAGCAGAGCGCUGAGUGGAUCUGUGUUUUUAUAAGAGAGACUAUAGAUUACAGAGAUGGAGGAUAUGAGAUUAUUCAUCUUUUUUCUUAAGUAUCAGGUUUGUACUGAGAGGGGUUUAAAUGUUAAAACAGGAAGCCUUAGCCUUGGUUCUGUUUACCUUACAGUUCUGCUCUAACUCAACCCCUUACCUGUGAAUGUUUUAACAAACGGCUGAACCCCAAAAAUGGAAAGAAUGAAAGGUUACUUGUUAGCAGAAGAGUUUGAACUGACGAGUCGAAUGUAAGGACUCUCUAUCUUCUGGAAAUAGCUGGAGGAGUCUAUCGGGUUCAGGUUGUCCUCAUGAAUGUUGAUUGAAACUGAGGCCUAUGCACUCAACGGUUGGGCCACUCUGACAGCUCCUCGGCGGAGCCCCACCUCCUCUGUCACCUGUUUUUUUGUUUUGUUUUUUUCCAGUAAAGCUGUUUUAGGGCGAAGGAAGAGGCCGGCGGUUUUACUCGAUCCGACUUCUUUCUCUUGCCGUGUAGCUCAUCAAAGUCGAAGAGCCAAAACAAAUACUGUAAUUUUUUUAAUUUUGAUGCAUUUUGCAGAAGUUUUAGCAUAUGUCACGCUGAGGACGGCUCGCCAGCGGAUGACUUUUAAUCCCUUUUUACCUUUUGGUUCAGGCUUUAGCCAUCAUUAGGCUUCAGAAUGUAGAGAGCAGUCGGAUUUCAGGUUUAUGCUAUGCAGACUCGUUUUCCAGCUUGGAAUCCUGUUGAAACUCUUUAGUGUUGUGAAUUCUCAUUGGAGACGGCAACAAAAAGGGCAUUUCUGUGUGUUUUAUGUAAUCAGCCUGGCUGUUUGCAGCCGCUGCUGGUCACACCAGCGCCGCAGUCUGUACGCUCAGUAUUGACUAGUAUUCUACAGGUCUGCAGGUUCUGGAUGACUAAUGGGGAAGUAGAACAUGCUUAGUUGCCCUUUAUGAUGGGAUGCAGUCUGACAUACUACCAGCCAUCACACUCAGAGGAUACAUCAGUUGGUUCAUCUUCAGUGUUUUUUCCAGACAAAAAUGUUUAUUUCCGUGUGUAAUCAAUAUAAAUGGGCUUAUGUUUUUUUUUUUUUUUUUUCCCAGUUUGGUUCACUUUUAUGUGUAGUAUUUUGCUCACAUCACUUUGUGCAUCACUCCUCAUAUUGUUUCACAAUAAAAAUGCUCAUUGAAUGUGAUUUCUGUCACAAACACAUUUUUGUAGUGGACAUACAGAUCCGUCUGAACUGUCGUCUUUGAGUCGUUUCAGCUCCACCUGUCGUACUUUUGUCUGCUUCUGCUUUGGAAUAAAAACACAAACUCAC